AUGAACAUGAGUGCGAAAAUUAUGAAGAAAUCAUUAAUCCCAAGAAUUAUAUCCAAACAGGAACGUAGAAAAGAAAAAGAGAAGAGAUCAAAUUAUGCGCAAAGAAGUGGCGAAAACAAAAGAGCUGCAAAACCAGGGAUCAUGGACCAUCCUUCAAAAAAGAGUACAUUAGCUGAUUUAAAAAAGAAUUACGCACUUGAAAAGUAUGGCUCUAAAGUAAUUGAUAUCGUUAGUGUAUUGGAGAACGAAGAUGUGUCGAAUUUGUCAACCAUAAAUGCAAGAAAUAAAUGUGCUUGGGCAGAUUUGAUAAUUGUUGGAGAAGGAAAAGGAUCAAGACAUCCAGGCAAUUUAGUAAACGGUGUAUAUAAAAUG